CAUUUUUGUUGUUUCUCGUCGUGGAGCCUGUCAGAACUGUUAGGGCUGCACUGUUUGGCACAGUAUGUGCUGUAUCUCAAUGCUUUUAUCUGUGUGUUACAGAUGACGCCCAAGUCCAAGAGGAAGAGCAUUCACAGUCGAAUGCUGAGGCCGGUCUCCAGAGCGUUUGAGAUGGAGUUUGACUUGGACAAGGCUCUUGAACAUGUGCCCAUACACAUAGAAGAUCCCUCCCCACCUCCCAAGCUGGAGAAAAAGCCAUCUACAACUAUGGCAGAACUCCCAUCUGAGGAAUGCAAGAAACUACAACACUACACCAAACUGCGGCCCAAGAGAAAUAAAAAGACAAAUUCCAGUAAAAUUCCUUCAGUCAGCAGCACUCCACCUCAGGAGGGAGAGCAGAAUGGCCUCAUGGGAAGAGUGGAUGAAGGAGUAGAUGAGUUUUUCUCUAAAAAAGUCACCAAAGUAAACGAUCACAAACGGACGUCCUUAAAGAGUUCUGAGUCUCAAGACGGUGACAAGAAACGAGAAUCUCGCAAGGGUGGCUUUCUAAACCUUAUCAAGUCCCGUUCUAGUAAAGAUAAAGACAAGGAUAAAGAAAAAGACAAAGAGAAGCACCAGGCCUCCGCUGCAGCCCCAGCCCCGAGUCAGACGGCUCCUUUAGCCGCAGAGGAGCCCUCGUCCCCCAAGGGCCCUGUCCGGAGCCCACCGCCCGACACUAAAGCCAAAUCCCAGACCCCACCCACAAACCACAGCAGCGGCUCGGAGCGAUCUGAGGAGCCGAAAACACCGGACUCCGUGGACUCUGAGCUGUCAGAGGGAAGUCCUCAGGGCAGUCGCAGAUACGGCGUGCAGGUUAUGGGCAGUGGACUGCUGGCAGAAAUGAAGGCCAAACAGGAGAAAAGAAGCCCCUUCAGCUCUCAUAAGGUGUCAGAGUCAUCACCUAGCUCAGACAAGACAGAUGGACCCUCCUCGGGAAAGGGACAUAGUCCCGAGAGCCGCUCUUCAGCAAUAACCAAAACUGAGGGGAGCGUCUCUCGUUGUUCUGGGGAAGGCAAGCCCGAGACAGCACAGAGACCAAGGGCUUCUACAUCCACCACAACCCCCACAAGCCCCAAACCUCUACUGCAAGGCACCAAACCAGCUCUAGCCGCACGACCUGCCAUUCCCCAGAAACCACGAACCAGCAGCGUCAGAAGCAUAGAUGAGAGCUCUGAUUCUCCUACUGGAGGCCCUAAAGGCCCAGGACUGAGGAGGAUGCCCUCAGACAAAGAGGGAACCAGCAAAAACUCUGCUCAGGAAGACAUAAGCGUGUUUGAAACCGACUCUGAGCUGGACAAAAGCAUAUCAGCCUCCAGAGUUCGAUCGGCGCAGCAGCGUUCACAGGACGAGAGUCACGAGGAGCACAGCACACCUCUCGCCAGGCCCGUCAGGACGUCCACGGCGACCGACCCCUCCCAGAAAUCCAGUCGGCUGAACUCAGAAGAAACCGGCUGUAAGAGCAAAGACACGCCAGCCAACGGCAGCAAGGACUCCAGUCAAAGCAGCAAAUCUGCCGAAUCUGGGGAAGAGGCCAAUAAAGACUUUAUUUUAAAUGAGAAUUAAAUACCGCCUCACCGUGCAUCUCAUCUCAUCUUGCAAAUGCAGACCUCUCAAUAUUUCACCACCUUUCUUAACUGUAGCAUACUAGGAAGCGUGUACGGGUCGGGAGUCUUAAAAUUCACGUGUGCAUGCUUGCAUGCUUAUCUCUCUCCCUUUAAAAGAAAUAUGGAAGUGCUAUAUGACGUGUGUUGCUUAGGAGGAGACUUUGUUGCAUUAUAAUACGUUGAGUAAUAAGUUAGCACCAGGGCUCAAGCACUGUUAGACUAUGCGCGCUUGCGCUCUCACUGUGUUAGAAUACCCUUUACUCUCUCUUAAAGCGGCGGGGGGAUCUCUGAUGUGAUUCUUUCUGUCCAUUAAACCCUUAUGCCUUAGUCACGCUGUACUGUAACAAGUUAAAGUAGGACACCGAGCGCAUUUCGUUUUCUGGGGUUUGAAAACAAAACUUUGGAGACACAACAAAUAUUCUGUGUUAAGAGUGAGUGUCAGGAAUCUCUGCUUCAGGUUCAGUCAACAUUCCUAAAUCUGGUUAUUUCUCUGUAUUUGUUAAGGAAAGGAUGUUAUCUGUUAUCCAAGUUAGUUCCGGUUAUACGUGAUUUAUGUGCUCGUCUUAUAUUUCUUUGACUGGUCUGUCAAUACACUGGCGCAACUUCCUUCUGUUUUUAUUUCGUAACCAGAAUCAGAUUUUAUUAAUUGUGCAAGAAAGCCUUUUUUCAUUGUGUCACAUGUCUGAUACGCAUGUUGAGAAGCAUUUGUGUGUGUGUGUGUGUGUGUGUGUGUGUGUGUGUGUGUGUGUGUGUGUGUGCGUGUGCGUGUGCGUGUGCGCGUGUGUGUGUGCGUGUGUGUGUGCGUGUGUGUGUGCGUGUGUGUGUGUGAGAGCAUGUGUUUAUGAUAUAUAUGCUUUUCUACACGUGCAUUUGUGUAUUUAUGUACAUUAUACUCUAAUAUGUUGGUUUCAAGGACAGAGGAAACCUUGACUAAACUAAACUGCACUGUUAAUAAUGAUUUUUCCAUGAAAUCUGUUUAGUCUAGGACUAAACCUAAUCUGUGUUUCACAAAAAAAAUCUGAUGAGGUAUAAAGUAUUUGAUUUUGAAAUGCUAGCAAUUAAUAUAUAUCUAUAUAUGUGUGUAUGCACACACAUGCAGUAUGUAUGUGUACACGGGUUACACAGUCUAUCGAUAUGGUACUAAUCACACUGUUGAAUAAGUAGCUGUCAUUUUAUUAUAAUUACGACUGACGAUUGGUGCCGCUUUUUAAUUGACACAACUGGCUCUUCCUCCUAAAUUGGAAUGUACAUUUUGUUGAUACAGUAUGAUGCUUGGCAGUUUGUUUCUAAAUCAUUUUGUUAAUGCACACUGCUGGGCACUUUGAAUUCAUAUUUUCUUUAUGGGAAUGGGCAACUGUGAUCAAAAGAUAUAUGUACGUAAUCAGUGUUGAUACGAUUAAAUCUUGUAUUUCUUUAAUAGUGUGUCUUCCCCUGGGCAGCAGUCUUCGACUCUUUCUUUGUUCGUCAUGCAGUAUUUUGAUUAGCUGGUUUUGGGGGGUUAACCAUGAGGGUUAAAUCGUUCUAUUGGUCGUGGACAUUUUAUUAUUGUGUCUAUUUAUGUCAGUUCAAUUAAAACUGAUUUU